AUGACGCAAUGUUUUUAAUCAUUCCAGGAAAAGGACACGGGAAAACCCUGAACUGCGUCAACAAUUGUUUCUUUGAUACAUUUGGUAUUUUAGCCGCUGUUUAACAUGGCAGCAAGGCACUCCUGAACAAUUUAUGGCUUUGUACCUGGACGGGACUUUAUUGAGCAAAAACAUGGACACGUCGAACUUUGCCCAUGUCAUCUUCCAGAAUGUGGGGAAAAGUUAUUUGCCUCACGCUGCACUGGAGUGUCACUAUACCCUGACACAGUUCAUCAAACCACAUCCUAAAGACUGGGUUGGCAUAUUUAAGGUUGGUUGGAGCACAGCAAGGGACUAUUACACAUUCCUGUGGUCGCCUCUGCCUGAGAACUACGUGGAAGGCAACGCAGUCAACAGAACCGUGGUCUUUCAGGGAUAUUAUGUGCCCAAUGACGACGGUGAGUUCUACCAGUUUUGCUAUGUUACCCACAAAGGAGAAAUCCGGGGGGCUAGCACACCAUUCCAGUUUCGCGCCAACAGCCCUUCAGAGGAUGAGCUGCUCACUGUUGAGGAUGAAUGCAACUCUGACAUCCUCGUCGUUACCACCAAGGCUGGCCUCCUUGAGCAAAAAGUGGAAGAAGCUCAGAAAGAAAGGGAUGAGCUCCUCAAAAACAUGGCCCUUCUGCAGCAGGAGAAAGAACAGCUGGAAGUGGAGAAGGAGAGCCUGCAGAAGGAGUGUGAGCAAGAGAAGGAGAUCUGUGCUCAGCUGAGGAGAGAGAGCCAAGAGGUGCAACAGUCGUCCCAGGCCCUUCAGGAGGAGAAGGAGGAGGUGAAGAGGACACUGGAGCAGACCACAGCCAGAAUUGUACAGUUGCAGGAGGAUCUGAUGGAAGUCACACAAAAAGACUUUCAAAAGGAAACUGAGCUUUACAAUCUGAAAGAUAAAGUGAAGAAAGUCACAGUAGAGAAGGAGGCUCUUGAGUCUCACCUGAAGAAUGAGAAAGAUGAAAAGGAACUUUACAAGAUUCAUCUGAAAAAUCGAGAGCUGGAAAACACCAAGCUGAGUGCUGAGCUGCAGAUGCUGAAGUCCGUGGAUGUCAACAAGGAAAACACCAUUGCUCAGUUUAAAGAGGAGGUGGGCCGCCUGCAGACAUGCGUCACAGAGAAGGAGAAACAGUACAGAGAGAUCCUGGCCAAAGUUUCCCCCUUGGGAGACAUGAAGGCCCUGAAGGAGCAGCUCCGGCAGAAAGAAGAGCAGCUCCAGGCCAACCAGCAGCAGUCCUCCCUGUUGGCUGCUGAGCUGAGAGACGCCUCAAGUACUCGAGACCGCACCAUGUCCGAACUGUACCACAUGAAACUUGAGGCGGACGCCCUACGCAAGGCCAAAGCUGAAGCUCAGGCUCAUUGUGUCCGACUGGAGCUUCUGGUCGAGCAAAUGAAGGCUGAAGCCAAACAGGAAGCGGUUAAAGUGGAGGAAGAAGCUUCCAUGGACCCGGCUGUCGUGGCAGAGCUACAGAGAGAGGUGGAGGACCUGAAGCUGCGUUUGCACAUGGCAGCAGAGCACUACAAGGAAAAAUACAAGGAAUGCCAACGACUGCAGAAACAAGUGCUGAGACUUUCUGAACAGCAAGGGGAGCUGAAGAAAAGCUCAGCAGUCGAAGCAGCUGCAGUUCCUGCAUCAGGGAGUCCAGACACAUCUGUGCCAGGCAGUCCUGGUUCUGCUGAUCCAAUGUUGGAAGCUAUCAUCCAGGAGAAGCUAAAAGGCAUCAGCAGGGAGGCAUGUGACAGGAAUGACAAGUACAGGAAAUGCAAGCAGAUGCUGAUGGAAGAAAAGGAGCGUAGCUGCAUGUUUGCUGAUGAGUUGGCCAAGCUGGAGUUGAAAUUUAAGGAGCAACUGAAGACCAACGAGAAUCUGAAGUUGCAGCUGGCAGAAGCAGAAGAUCGUUACAAGGGCCAGGUAGCUGAGAAAGGACGGGAGCUGAAGGAGCUGAAGGACACGUUUGCGCUCGUUGUGAAGGAGAAAGAAAAACUAGAGGUGGAUCUCCAGAGGAGUAGCAGCAAGAAAGAUGACCAGGGCGCCACUGAGAAAAUCAGUUUGGAGGACCUGUCCAGUAUGCCUUUAAUCCUUCAAUACCCUGUUCCUUACACCCAUGAUACCCCAACUCCUCUGCUGGUUUCUCAGAGCCCUAGCAAGCUGCACUUUGGGAAUCCUUACUCUAUCUCUGACUCAAAAGAUGAGCGGGAAGAGGAGUUGUUCUUGGAUGAUCAGCCGCUCAAGCUGCCCCCUGUGGGUCCGCCCUCCUGGGACAGCAAUGUGGUCUGUAUCCAACCCACCCGCAACCACAGCCGGCCAGAGGACCACGAGGAGUCAGAAGAAAAUAACAACGUUAAUACUGUUGAGCAACCCGCAGCAUCAGAGACUCGUAGCUCAUUUGUGAAUGAUGGACAAAAUGCCUUCUGCUUUGAUCCCAGCAUGGACAUGAAGCGAUGUCCGCUCUGUGAGGUCAUCUUCCCCCCCAACUAUGACCAGAGCAAGUUUGAGGAGCACGUGGAGAGCCACUGGAAAAUCUGCCCCAUGUGCAGCGAGCAGUUCCAGCUCGACUGCGACCAGAAGGUGUUCGAGAACCACGUGCUCACUCACUUCGACGGCCACCUGCUCAACUUUGACUGACGGCACAGGAAAUGAGCACAUCCAGUCCGCCAUGUUUCCGUCAGCCACUGAAACGAAUCACUGAAACUCUCUUCUGCAUGCGACUGUGUGAAGAUCCUCUCUUAAGGACCAUUCUGACUUUUGCUUUCUCACUUAGAGAUCCACUCGGAGAAUGAUGAUCUAAUUCAGUAUGUAAUGCGGGGCUUAAGAAUCAGUUGGCAAACUUUUCUUUGUUAGUUUAAAGUUUCCAUUCAUUUAGAUUAAAAAAGGUGCGACUGUUUAACAUAAAUAUAUAUUUUAAUGAUUUCAAAUGGACUUUGUUCUCUGUUAGACUACAGGUUGUAACUUAUCAGGGAAAGAGCUGAGCGUUUACCAAACUGACAUUUAAAACAGACAAAUGCCUUCCCCUUUUGCUUUCUUGUUCAAGUCAGCGGUUUCUAGAGAGCAGCUUUGAUGCACUAUAUUCAGUCAGGGAGAAAUCGUCAGCAACUGUAUCCAUACAUGAUUAUACAAUAUAUCUUCAGAUCAUCUAUUUUAGACAAUUUAAAGACAAUAUUGUGACAGCCUCGAUACAUUGUGCUUUUUCAGUAGGUUUCUUUUGUUUGUUUUUUGGGAUUCCAAUUAUGUCUUAAAACGAUGUUUUUCAUAUCGGCUAAUCUGUGCAUGCAAAGCUUUUGUUUAAUUUCCCGUUUGCUUUUCUUUUGCA